GUAGAUAAUUUAUAAGUUUGUAGAAGUUGGUAUUAAGGAAGAAUUAAUGGAAGUUGCUAAGUCUGAAAGAAAUCUUUCUCUCGUUCGAACGAAAGGGUAAAUGUUUAGCAGAUAGAACAGAGUUACAACCCGACCGAGUCACAGAUGUUAUAAAUCUAACCAUCGAUCUUAACCAUUGGUCUCUGCAUUGAAGAUAAUUGGACAGUUUCAGGUUUCUGAGCGGUUAUCUACAGCAACUUACUGACCGAAAACAUACAGUAAUUUCUGUUCCAUCGAUUCCACAAUAAAAACAAGAAGUAAACAUUACAACUAUAUCAUAAUUGUUUGUCUUUCUGGUAAUUAACCAUCGUGUCUUCGAGUCUGGAACUACGAAGAAUCGCAUUGCAGGCCUUCACAGUUUGUUGAAAUUAAUUAAAAAUAUUCAAAUAUUUAUAUAUUUUUAAGCUAUUAUUAUGUUUUAAUAUAUAAAUUAUUUAAUCCUAAAUGAAAAAUCCUUAUUAAGAUCGGUCUAAACUAACGAGGAGCCUUGUAUAAAAAUGAUACUUUCAUGUCAUACAAACCGCUCAUCAACAGUCAUAGUUUUCCUAUUGUCGUAACCUAACUGCAAUUACAGUCUAUUCUAUGUAUCACCCUCCGUCGAAGUCUACUUGAAGCAAGAUAUAUGGUUGUGCCAAACCGGGUUGACGUCACGGCACGUGACCGAAUUUCAUCCACCUCUCGCCUCUUCCGUCCGGUGUUACAGCAUCACUAGAUGUUUUGUAGCAUGGAGGGGAGAGCCAGAAAACGGAAAGACAAGUCGUAGCGCGUGUCUGCCAAGGCAAAUAUCGACAAGCAGGCAAUGGGAAGUUCCAGGUGUUCGGUCCAACCAGUGUACUGCUACCAUUUACGAGACUAGUAGAGAGGGGUUCGUUUAAUGGCAGCGGUGCCCUGGUGCCAGACGGCUGCCCAUUCCACGCUCGGUUUGUUAGUGGAAUCUGUAAUCACUGAAUGGAAACAAACCCUUCUUGAUAUCGUCAAGAUACGUAUCUACUACAGAUGGGUUGAAUACAGCAUGACAAACUCUAAGGAGGUGUCCCAUUCCAAGUGGACAUUCCGAUCUCAUUCUUGGUACCAUCCGACACUAGAAUCAGGUCUUUAUCCCCUAAGGCCACGUUAUUUAACAAAAGGGAAAUUGUACGGGUUGUGCUUCCUUGUGUUCUUUACGUCCCUCUGCAUAGCAUUGAGAUUGGCAUAUUUGGGUUACUUAUCGCCCACCCCAGUCAUCUGUCUAGGAUCUUACAAUCCAAGUGCAGAAGUCGAUCUAGAGAUAUUGAAAGAAAGGGUCCGAUUCCCCAGAACCAAACGACGUUUGCCACAAUGCGUCAUCAUAGGAGUACGUAAGUGUGGCACACGAGCACUGUUGGAGUUUCUUAAUCUUCAUCCAUCCAUACAGAAGGCAUCGGACGAAGUACAUUUCUUUGACGACGAUAGCCGUUAUCAUUUAGGAUUGGAAUGGUAUCGUAGGCGGAUGCCAUAUUCUUUUCCUAAUCAAAUAACCAUCGAGAAAAGUCCAGCGUACUUUAUAACCGAUUCGGCACCAGCCAGGAUCAGAUCCAUGAACGAUACCAUCAAGUUACUGUUAAUCGUACGGGAUCCAGUGACUCGCCUAGUUUCAGAUUACGCUCAAUUAGCGGCAAACAAGGCGAGAAAGGACAAGCUAGUUGCAUCCUUCGAGGACAUCGUACUGAACCCCGACGGCACCAUAAACAGUGGAUAUAAAGCUGUGAGGAUUAGUAUGUAUUCGCAGUACUUCAAAAAAUGGACGAGGGCCUUCCCUAGAGAACAGAUCCACGUAGUCGACGGUGAACAAUUAAUUAAAAAUCCAUUCUUAGAAGUAUUGAAAAUUGAGAAAUUCCUCGGUAUAAGUCACAGGAUAAGCAAGGAUAAUUUCUUCUACAAUAAAACAAAGGGUUUCUAUUGCGUCCGAAAUGAUACAGCUGAGAAGUGUCUAAACGAAAGUAAAGGUCGUAAACAUCCCCCAGUUUCCGAAGAGGUCAUACAUAAAUUAAGAAAGUUUUAUGCUCCGUUUAAUCGAGAGUUCUAUCGUGAUUCGGGGCAAGAUUUCGGAUGGCCCGAAGAGUGAUCGACCGACACCACCCACCGAACCCCACUUCAAAGGCCCAAAAUGUGAAAAAAAAUAAAAUAAAAUCGUUCAUGCCUUACUACGAACUUUUCAGAAUAUAUAUAUAUAUAUAUAAACGUAUUCGUGUAUGCAUGUGUAUGAUAUAUACCUUCGACAUAAUGUAUAUAUAUAUACAUAUACAUGCGUAAGAUAUAUUUAACACGUCAUAUUCUUUCUUUCCUCUUUUAGAAAGUCCGGAUAAUAAGGGUAUAUAUAUAUGAAAAAUCGAAACGUUUCAGUUGAAGAAUUUAAUUGUUUCACGUUUUGAAUAUUUAAAUAUCCUAUAGAGACUAUUAUUUAUAUAUAUAUAUACACACAUAAGAGGUUAUAACUCCUAAUGAAAGGUGACUGAAGAUUUCAAUUGGUGCUUGAAAAAAAAAAAUAUAUAAAAUAAAUAAUUAUUUUAUUGUUUAAAGUUUCUUAACAGUUUAGUCUCAUUGUUAUAAUAGUUUUAAAGAUAUUCCAAUUGUUAUUUUUCCAUAUUGGAAAAAAGAAAACACUGAAAAUAAUUAAAGUUUGUUUCAAUUUCAAGAUGGCGGAGUUCACGUUUGUUUCGCUUCAGUGAAGUUGUAAGGUUUAAAUAAUUAAAGAAAAUAAUAAUAAUAAUAAUAAUAAUAAUAAUAUGGAUAAGAAAUUUAUAUGUGUAUUAUUGUAUAUAGAAGAAGAAAAAAUCAACAAACAGUAUGUAUAUUAGUGACGUGUGUAAAUUAUUUUUAUCUUUAGAUUAUAUCAAAUUAGAUGUUAUUUUCUAAGGACAUUAUUAGGGUGCCAACGAUUAACGAGUUGUGUAAAAUGUUUAAAAGUUCUUUCAAUUUAAUUAUUUUUUAAUAUAUUUUAUUCUCUAUUUAGUGUGCCACAUCACACAUAAAAUUCUGGACAAUCAUAUAUAUAUACAGCAGAUAUAACCCCCCUAAAGUUACGUUGUAAACAUCAAUUCUGCAAGACUUAAAGAUGUCUAAUUAAAUUAUUUGUAUAUCUUUACAAACGUAUAAUCUUAUUACAGUUCUGUAAAAAGAAGAAGAAGAAGAAGAAGAAGAAGAAGAGGAAUUUAAUCAAAAUAAAAAUAAUUAAGAUCUUUUUUUUUAAAGAAAAAUAAAUUCAAACAUAGCUUCAACUAAUAAGAUAUAGUCACGAUACAGAAGAAGGAAAUUCUAACCAACUCCCCUGUAAAGAAUGGAAGCAUAUCUAAUUAAAUUAUCGUGAUAUAUCAAAAACAUAUCCGAACAGAAUUUCAUUUAUGUAAUCAAAUAAUUCAUCAAGAAGGAAAGGAGCCUCAAAGAUUAAUACUGACAGCAGCAGCAAACACCUUAACCAAAAGCACUAGAAGCAACAUAGAAGAAUAAUAUAGUCUUUGAUCAUUAAAAAAAAAAGCUAUCACACCCGUAUAGAUAACAAUAAAUUAUAGUAAAGCAUAUCAAAAAAAUAUAUAUAUAUAUAUUUAGGCUCAACAUUGGAAAGAUUCUUCGGACCUACCUCACAAGAGUUUGAUUUGUUUUUUUUU